AUGGCACGCGCUAGCUCUACCGCGAGCAUCGAGGAGCGGUCGCUCGAAGUCGAGCUUUUGCUUGUCUCUCUCGGAGCGCCGCCGUCGUUCGCGCUACGGAAACUCGCUUGCGAUAGUGACGGGCUUAGCGGCUCAAGAGACAUCAGGUCAGGCGAACGGCCGUUAGCCGCGCUAGCCUCCGUGGUUGCGCUCAUCAGCGCGGGCAGGUAUGCCGCCGCGCUGGAGCGCGCAUCCUCCGCCCUCGCGGCCCUCCCCUCCGCGGAGCAGCUGGCGGAAGCCGUCCCCGCGGACGCGCGGAACCAGCGGGGGGAAGCCGCCGCGGGCGCAGUGGCGGCGGAAGCGUUUUUCCGCGCAGUGCGGGGAGGAAUCGCCGCUCUGCUGGCGGAUCUGGGGGGGGGAACCCCUUCGGGAAGCGGGAAGGCGGAGGAGGAGGAGGGGGAAGGGUUUGGCGGGUGGAGCGGGGGAGAGAAGGCGCUGCUGGUGCUGAUGAUGGGGGCGGCGAGCCUCUGCCUCUUCGUGCAGGCCAACGUUAGCGGUCCCAAGCCCUCUGCAGUCCCAACACUCCCACUUAGCCCACCACCCACCAACAACGUCACAUCAGCAGCCGUACAUGAUACAUCAGCAACCACGGUUGACACGUCAGCACCUGCUAGCCAUCCUCCAUUCCUCGCCAGCGAGGCGGCACGCGUGGCGCUGAGCAAGUGGUGCCAGGUGGAGCUCAUGACAGAUGCCUUCUCCCCCUCUCUGCUGCCGCCCUCCUGGUCCUGGUGGGCGGCGAGGGUUGUCGUUAUUCACCAGAGGGUGCUACAGGAGCGGUCCCCCUCCCUCCGCGCCCUGCUGCUCCCCUGCACUGUUCACCUGGGAGAGACUCUGGGGACUAAAGACAACGUGAGACGAGCUUUCUUUAGGAAGAAGGAGGAGGAGGGAAUGGAGCGAAGGGAGGGAAGGGAGGAGGGGGGAAGGGAGGGAGGAGUGGAGGGGGAGGGAGAGUGGGAAGUGUGUGUGCGGGUGGCAGCGAUGGUGCAUCUGGAGGCUGGGAUGAUGGAGAUGGCUUAUGCACACGUGGACACUGCCAGGUGUGUCGAUCCCAAAGCACAGCUUGUGCUGGCAGUGACAAGAAACGAAGCCCUGAAGGAAGGAGAUGGGGCGUUGCUGAGCGACAGGGAAUCAGCCAAGGAUGGGACAUGUGGGGACGGGCAAGGGCAGCAAGGGGAGGAGGGAGAAAAGGGGGAGGGGGGGGAAGCGGAGGAGGAGGGGGAGAGUAUGGAGGAGUUGGAGUGUUUGUUCGAGCCGGAGAGUGACGUGCUUCUGGCCCCGCGUCUGGUGGAAGGGGGAAGUGGUGGGGUUGACACGGUAGGGAGUGGGGGUGGGGGGGAUGAGACUGCAGCGAAUGGGGUUGGUACGGGAGAGAAGCAGAGUGCCGCCGGUAGUGGUGGCACGAGUGGGGGCGGAGCUCUGAGGGGUGUCGAGCAGGCAGCGGUGCUGGCCAUGGCUGUUGACACAAUGAAGCAAAACGCUGCUGAUGAGCUGAGAGGCUGGGAGGCAGCGCCUUAUAUCGAAGCAAUCACUCUCCAGCAACACGUCCCGCCCAUGGUGAAGGCGGGGUGUGAGCUGCUGAGGGUGCGGUGGGAACGUGAGCGACCGCACACACGGCAGAGGGCGGAUGCGACGAUGGAGAGACUGAUCCAGUCAGUCUCACAUCAAGAAAAGAGAAUCCGCCAGCAGCAAUCGCAAGCAGCCUCGGGAUCAUCAGGAGGAGCUGUGGCGGCUACGUUGCCGGAGGAGGAAGCGAGAGAAGCAGCAGAGAGGAUGAAAUACUGCUUCGCUGUUUGGUUUCCCACCACGCCUGCUCUCUUCAAGGAGUAUGGAGAGCUGCUGGUGGCGAGCGGGUGUGUGGGCGAGGCCAUGCGUGUGUUUGAGACAAAUGAGCUGUGGGACCAUCUCAUCGACUGCUACAGCAUGUUGGGCAAGCGGGCAGCAGCAGCAGCGCUGGUGACGGCUAGGCUGAAGGAGCAGAAGGAGGAUCCGCGCCUGUGGUGCUGCCUGGGGGAUUUGACGGAGGAGAGAGAGUGCUAUGAGAAGUCUUGGGAGUUUUCGAGGCACAGAUACGCACGCGCUCAGCGAGCACUAGCGCGCAUGGCAAUGAACGCCAAGGACUUCAAAGCAGCCAUGGCUCACUGGGAGGCUGCUGUGGCCAUCAGCCCGCUGCAUGCGUCUGCCUGGUUUUCUCUGGGCUACUCUGCCAUUCAGGCGUGUGACGGGGACAAGGCGCUGUAUGCACUCACGCGUUCAGUGCAGAUCGACCCAGACAACGGGGAGGCGUGGAACAACCUCGCCGUGCUCAACUUACAGCGCAACCGCAUGCAAGAGGCAUUUAAGACACUACAGGAGGCGCUCAAGCACAAGGGAGAGGACUGGCAUCUGUGGGAGAACUUUGCAAAAGUGGCUCUGGACGUCAAGAGCUACCAGCAGGUGCGCUGUGCGGUGCCAGCAGGUGUAAUGCGGUACCCACAGGCGGUGAGAGCAGCAUCACGAGUGCUGGAGCUGACUCAAGGCAAGCGGGUCGACAUGGGUAGUGCUUUAUUCCUCCCUCCCUGUCCUCCUCAUCUACCGCCCCUGCCCCGGCCCCAACGUACCUUCACGACCCGCACUCUCCUCUCUCCCCCCUCUCCCUCCCCCAUAGGCGCCUCACGAGUGCUGGAGCUGACUCAGGGCAAGCGGGUCGACACGGGUGUGCUAGAGGCGCUGAUAGCAGUGGUGGAGAGGAAUAGAGGAGGCGGGAGAGAGGGGGGGGGGGAGGAGGGAGGGGACGAGGAGGGAGGGAGAACGGGAGAGGAGGAGGGGGGGACUGAGGGUGGUGGGGAGGGGUUGGAGGAGAAGGAUGGAGAUGGUGGUGAGUUGGAUGAUCUGAUGAUUAGUUUACAGCCGUUGGAUCUUGGCAAGAUGGCAGGGAGGGAGGAGGCAUUGGGAGGGGAGGGUGGAGGAGAGGGGAAUGGUGUGCCAGAAACGAAUGGUGCUUAUAAGGAGGAUGGUGGGACGGAGGCAGGGAGUGGUGGUUCCAUGAAUGAGAGGGAAGCUGCCAGGCUUGAAAUUGAGCUGAAGAAGCUUCUGGGGAAGGCGGUUGCAUCAGGAGCAGGAGUGCCGGAGAUUUACCGCCUGCAAGGAACCUUCCUGGAAGCCGUGGGCGACGCUGACGUGGCAGCAGAGGCCUUCCUGCGCCACGUGCGCUCGCUGCAGUCCGCCAGCUGGCAGCACGGCGAGCCCGACGCGUUCCGCCAGCUGGCGCGGGCGGCGCUGAGGUGGACGGCGGCGGUGGUGCAAGGGGUGGCGGGGGAAGAGGGGGUGGAGGAAGUGAAGCGGGGAGGAGUGGAGGAGAGCGAAGGGGAGGGUGUGAGAGUGAGUGGUGCUGGCAAGAGGAGGUUGGCAUCUGUUCGCAUGCUUCUAAGCAACAUUUGGAAGCAGGGAGACCAUUUUUCUGAGUUUGGAGAGUUGAAAGCAGCUUUGGGGGCGGUUAGCACUAUGGAGGCUAGAGGGGAAUAG